AUGCGUUCGCAAGCCCAAGUGCAAAUUGAAAUGUGGCAGCCAUCGAGUUUGCUGCGUUCGCAAACGGCCCCACCCAUCGACACGUGGUGGUCGUCAUCGACAAUUACACUGGCAAUCGUUUGGGUUUGGUCUAGCUAUGCUAUGGAGCAUGCUCGUGCUAAACAUGCAGGACUGAAAGUUGUGAGCGUGCUAAAUGCGGACGACGUGUUGCCUGUGCACGAGUCCAAUCAAGAUGGGAAGGCUGUGAGACACAUCUACUUCAAGCGCCCCAGUCCCACACGUUCACAUGCUGAGUGCCUUGCUUUUCAACUGGUUGCCAAUGGCCACGUUGAGGUGGGACUCGGUUUACACAUUGAACCGGGCGUCCGCCGUGCACUGUUGGAAUCCUCUCGUUGGCUCGCUACCGGGAUGUUGUGCCUAACAAGUUAUAUGGCGGAGAAUGGAGCAGAGCAGGGAUCUACCAGGGUGAAGAACAAUCUUGACGGUGUAUUGCAACUUGAAAUUGGAGCAGUAGUAAGAGAAGUUCGGGGUGUUCCUGGAAACAGCGAAGACGAUGUGACCAACUUGCUCACGCUCCGGGUCCUGAAUGCUCCAAUUGAUGCCCAUUCCUGGCUUUGUGUACACUCCUGGCCAGCUGUCAGAGCCACCUGCCGAAGGUGA